UAUUCACUUAUACUGUAUACUAUGUUAAUGAGCAUGGCUCAUCUUGUUAUCAGCUCAAACUGAAACGGCAACUUGGAAAGUACAAAUCAGGAUUAAUGUGGGGAGCAGCAGUACAUCAGUUAGCACACAGCUAACAUGAAACAUACACUCCAUUCUGUUUGAAAUCGUUCAAUAUAACUCAGCUCAAAGUCCAAAUGACUGAUCACCUCACAUUUGUUCUCAUGUCUCCACAGGAGCAGCAAGUUGAUGAUCAUCGCACCUUAGCGGGAAUAUCAGCAAACAACAGCGGAGAAGGAGAUGAAGUUUCGAUUUGGGCUCAGGAUCUCUUUGAUCCUGACCAUACUGGCUCUGACUCUGUAUGGAGGCGGUGUUGAAGGACAAAGGGCAGGUUGCAAGAACGUCCACUAUGAUCUGGUAUUCAUCUUGGACACCUCUUCCAGUGUGGGCAAGGGAAACUUCGAGAAGAUCCGGCAGUGGGUGGCAAAUCUGGUGGAAUCUUUUGAUGUAGGUGCGGAGAAGACGCGUGUGGCUGUGGUUCGCUACAGCGACCGUCCCACCACCGAAUUCAACCUGGGCAGGUACAAAACCCUCGAGGAGGUCAAGCGUGCUGCUGGGAACAUCCGCUACCUGGGUGGGAACACCAAAACUGGAGAUGCCAUCAGCUUCACCACCAAAAAUAUCUUUACAGAGAGGGCAGGGGCGAGGCCUGCCGCUAAGGGCAUACAGAAAGUGGCGAUUUUGCUAACGGACGGCAGGAGUCAGGAUUUUGUUUUGGAGCCAUCGAUUGCUGCAGCGGCUGCUGGAAUCAGGUUGUUCGCUGUAGGGAUUGGGGAAGCUCUGAGAGAGGAGCUGGAGGAGAUUGCAGCGGAACCCAAAAGUGCUCAUGCGUUCCACGUGACGGACUUUGAUGCCAUUGACAAGAUCAGGGGCAGGUUGAGGAGGAGACUCUGUGAAAGUGAGUAUUGAUGAGUUUGACUUUGCACCAUGUACACUCU